GACGUGCUGGUGCAGAGGGUGUGGGAUGUCACCCGUUACUGCCGUCACAGCGACCCCAGCGUGUGCGCUGCUGCUGCCGUCCUCGUGGGGAAAUACCUGAGGGCUGCGGCUCUCAAUUCCGUCACCCACGAGUGCUCCUUCCCCCCGGCUUCCCCCUCGCUUUCCCCUACUCGUUCUGGGUCACCCCCGUCACCCCCACCUGCUGGGGAGACGAUGACAGCUGCUGGGAUGGAUGGGGAAGAAGCCGGUGGGGCAGAAAAGACCCCGAACGUCGGAGAAGGGAGUGGGGAAGACGUCAACAGCGCCUACCUCGACUUCAACGACCCCAUCAUUGGGGCUGCCCCACUGCUGGGGCUGCUGAGGGAGGUG